UAGAGGCUAACAUUAAAUAUGAAAAAUGUACUAAUAUUAGGUGCUUGAAGUGAGUUUAGUCAUACAAAUGAAAAUAGUAACAGAUAUCUGUUGGUAUCUUGAAAAUAUCGAAUGUUCGCAAAAGAAAAAUUAAAAGUAGUUAAACAAUAAGAGUAAAUAAACCAGCACAUACAUUAACUAAAAGUUAUGGGGAAAAGUCUUUAAGUGGUGUUGUACGUGGUAUAAAAUGGAAUCAAAUCAAUCACCGAAUUUGUGUAGCGCUUGAAACGAAACCGAAAAACUGUAUUUGAAUCAUGCAAGAAGCUAUGCAAGCAGCAGCUUAGCAUACGUUAACCAAAAGUUAAGCUUGGAGCCAAGCUACGCUCAGCCACGUUCAGCCACGCUCAGCCACACCAAACCAAGUCACACAAAUAAUCAAGUCAAGACGGCAUCGCGGUACCGCAAUUAUUAUUCCCCACAACAACGCACCGCACCUCCCGCGUCCGUAAUUAGCAACAACAGUUGUAGUUGGUGCAGUAGUACAAGUUGUAGAAAAACUAGCGUAUUCGAUCGUAGCAUAGCGCACAACUUCAACCCAUUCGCUCAAUUAUUCAGAUAUAAUAUGGGCAUAUCGCUUUUGUUCACUUUUAGUUACACUUUGGUUACGUUAGCGUCCGGUUGGGUAUAGUUUUGUACGCUUCUGCUAUACACAAUUAAUAAUACUAUAAAGCAGUAUAAGAAAAUUUAAAAUUAUUUUUAAUUAUUAACAAAUUAAAUUUGUGCUUAAUAAGUGCGUAGUAUUAUUGUUCUUUUACCUUUGAAACUCGAUAUCGUGCGGCGGUAAUUGAAAAAUCUGCACUUGCUCAACUCUAUUAAAGUCCAAUAAAGAUGACCGUCUAUGAUGAUUUGCAUAAACGACUAGCCAAUGUUGGCCAGGAGCAUUUAUUGAAAUUUUGGUUUGAAUUGACACUGGAUGAGCAAGAGCAAUUGGUACGUGAUAUUAAUGAAUUGAAUUUGAAUGAGCUUAAGGACUACUUUAACCGGGCAACUGCAUCUCUGAGUGAAGACAGUAUUCAAUUGGACGAUCGUCUCCAACCGAUUCCUGAGACCAAGCUAGUGAGCAUUUCGCGCACUACCGACGAGCGUUUAAAUGAAUAUUGCCUAGAAGGCUUGAAGCAAAUAAGUAAUGGACGUGUUGCGGUAUUACUUAUGGCCGGUGGACAAGGUACGCGCUUGGGUUUUGCACAUCCAAAAGGCAUGUACGACAUUGGUUUACAGUCACGUAAAACAUUAUUCCGUAUACAAGCUGAGCGUAUACUAAAAUUACAAGAGAUGGCUUAUGAGUCAACUAGUAAACGUGGCUCAAUAACAUGGUACAUCAUGACAUCAGAACAUACCAUACAGCCCACAUAUGAAUACUUUGUUGCAAACAACUACUUCGGUUUGAAGAAAGAGAAUGUUAUUUUAUUUGAGCAGGGAUCGUUACCUUGUUUCGAAUAUGAUGGAAAAAUCAUACUCGAUUAUAAGCAUCGCGUCGCACGUGCACCUGAUGGUAAUGGUGGUAUAUAUCGUGCCAUGAAACAACAAGGUAUACUUGCUGAUAUGGCUAAGCGUGGUGUCAUGUACAUACAUGCCCAUAGUGUUGACAAUAUCUUGAUAAAAGUAGCUGAUCCAGUUUUUAUCGGUUACUGUGUGCAAGAGAAUGCAGAUUGUGCUGCAAAAGUAGUUGAAAAAUCGCAUCCAAAUGAAGCUGUCGGUGUUGUUGCAGUUGUUGACGGAGUGUACCAGGUUGUCGAAUAUAGUGAAUUAUCUGCUAAAACAGCUGAAAUGCGUAAUUCUGAUGGACGUCUAACAUUUAGCGCUGGGAACAUAUGUAACCACUUUUUCACAACAGCAUUCUUACAUAAAAUUGGUUCCGAAUAUGAGACAAAAUUGAAAUUGCAUGUGGCCAAAAAGAAGAUACCAUUCAUUGAUAAUUCCGGUAAACGUAUAACACCAGAGAAGCCAAACGGCAUUAAAAUCGAAAAAUUCGUCUUCGAUGUUUUUGAAUUUGCUAGAAAAUUUGUGGCCAUGGAAGUACCAAGAGAUGAAGAAUUCAGCGCACUUAAGAAUCCUGACUCGGCUGGCAAGGACUGUCCAUGCACUGCACGCGCUGAUCUUCAUCGAUUGCAUAAGAAAUAUAUUGAAUUGGCUGGCGGUAUUCUACACGGGAAUGAAUGUGAAAUUUCACCUUUCAUUAGUUACGCCGGUGAGAAUUUGGCUACACUUGUAGAUGGCAAAUCUUUCACAAGCCCAUUAUAUUUACGCAGUAGUCGCGACCAACUGAAUGGUCACUUGUAAGCGCAUUAUAUAUCAAUAUCUUCAAGGAAGUUCGUUGUGGCAAAGAUGACAUCAUCAUUAAACGAUUAACAUAAGUAAUAUCAUUUUUCUUGACAAAAUGACUGGUUGACAGGACUGAAGUUAAAGCAAAUUCUUUUACAGAAUGAUAAUUAGCAAAAUCAAAAUAUUUUAAAUGAAUGAAAUUAUGACCAAACUUAUAGUUAGUGAAAUGCUGUGAAUAUAUUUUGUGCUUAUUUGUUAGUGAUUUUUUUUUGUUAUUUUUAUUUCGAACUUUUUAUUUUAAACGCAUUUUGCAAAUAUUGUCCAUGGCCCUAGCAGCUAGUGCUCGUCUUAAGUUAGCUAUAAUAUUGUAUAUUUUUUUAUUAUUUUAUAAACAAAUAUAUUUGUAAAUUUUUUAAAAAUUUUUGUUAAUUAUUAAUGUUGUUCUCCUUUUGGUUUAACACUGUUAAAAUUAAUUUUGGCGAAAUGAAAAAUUCCAUUACUUAAAAUUUAUUAUAUAUUAUAUUAGUAAAAGCGAGACAUUAUUCCUAGUUGUAUUAUUACUUAACAUAACUGAUGCAUGUAGAAAUAUCUAAUUUUGUGUACAUUAUCUUAUAUUUUUGUAAAAUUUUAGCAAAUACUAUUUUAAACAUAAAAGACUCUUAAUCGUUUUUGUCUCUAUACAAAAAGAGAAAAUAAUUUUUAAAAAUUUUAUUAAUAAUGUUUAGACCAUAAAAUAUUGACGAUAGAUAUUCAAUCAAUACUGAAUCUUACUUAAAUAUUAUAAAAGUUAUAUUUCAAUGCAUAUUUAUAUAUAA